UGAAAGUGCAAUGACCUCACCUUCACAAUCGGGCCCGUCGAGAAUCGACAGUCCGGUACACGGACGGAUGUCACUCAGAGUGUGGCCAAUAUCUUGGCCGACGAGCUGGCCGGUGCUAUUGAGGGCGAGGCCACAAGGCGGGCCGCCGAAAGAUAUUCAGCGACGCAGGAAGCUGUGGAUUGAUUGUCGAUUGGAAGACAGAUCAGAUGAAGAAGCUUUUGCAUGCUGCUGAUUCGAGAGUGGAGGUGAGCUCGCGCAUGGGCAGCGUGGGCCUGUGGCUCAUGCUUUUAGUGGAGACGCCAGGACCAGUGAAGGAAUUCGCUCUGGGUGAACGGUACCCGAUGUUCGAAACAAAAGCAAGAAGGAAAGGCAGGCCGCGAGGGCGGGUCAACAGAAGGGUCACGGAUGUAGGUAGAGGGUAGCCUGAGGAAUCCUCAUCGACAUCGGUCUAGAGCAGAACCUCCAAAAAUGCUCUUCUUGACUGGCUGUGGGCAUAUGAUGCACAUGAUGACGAAUCAGUCGGGAGUACGCAACACGUCUCAUCUUGAUACUCGACUCGACUGGCAAAGCGGCCGAGUCAAAUCAAUUUGGGGACCAGCUCGCCACUGUAGAUUGAAUCAACUCAUGACCAUGUCCUCUGGUUCUUGUUUCGUUUCUCCACUUUCCGCCCCGAGGAAUGCGCUCGCCUUGCGGCUUUGGGCUUUUGUAGAACAACGACAAGAAUUCGACAGUCGAACAAGAGGAACAGAAGAUCCAGCGUGAGGCCUAGGCCUGUGCUGGAUGUUCUACCUUAUCACUCCCCACUAAAGCUACUCUUCGUGUAUGUCAGUUGACUUUCGAAAGAAACAACAGAGGAACGCCCAAGAACUUGCCACUCUCUUCUUCUUCAUGAGUGAGUCCGCUGUAUUAUUACAGUCCUUGCAAAGAAAAAGACUUGCGAACAAGCGUUUGAUCUCUCAUUCUCCGCACACGUGCUACACGAUCUCCUCGUAGAUUUAUGAGCUGGACAGUGCAAAGCGUGAUCGUAA